AUGGAGGAGUACGCUCGGGAGCCCUGCCCGUGGCGAAUCGUCGAUGACUGCGGUGGAGCCUUCACUAUGGGUGCCAUUGGUGGCGGAGUCUUCCAUGCCAUCAAGGGCUUCCGAAAUGCCCCUGUCGGAAUUCAGCACCGAUUGAGGGGUAGUGUCAACGCUAUGAGGAUCCGAGCCCCCCAGGUUGGAGGUAGCUUCGCGAUGUGGGGCAGCCUGUUCUCCACCAUUGACUGCGGCCUGGUGCAGCUGCGGGGCAAGGAAGACCCCUGGAACUCCAUCAGCAGCGGAGCGCUGACCGGGGCUAUGCUGGCUGCCCGCAGCGGCCCACUGGCCAUGGUGGGCUCGGCCAUGAUGGGCGGCAUCCUGUUGGCCCUCAUCGAGGGUGUUGGCAUCCUCUUCACUCGCCACACCGCCCAGCAGUUCCGCAACGCACCUCCCUUCCUGGAGGACCCCAGCCAGCUGCCCCGUAAGGAGGGGAGCCGGGCCCCAGGCUACCCCAGCUCUCAGCCAUACCACUAA